AUGACAAACGCAAAAGGAUCUGUUGCCCUCAACAAUUACCUCCAGGGCGUUGGGAGGGUGGAAUCUCUCUCCUGGGUUCAUUCUACAAGUGGUCCAGAGAAUGCUCCCACAUGGACCUCGAUCUGCAAAAUUGAUGGCGUACCCUUGGGUACAGGUAGUGGUCCCCGGAAAUACAUUGCCAUGGACUUGGCGGCCGAAGAAACUCUCAAGGCAUUAACAGCCGAAAAGCCUUGA